AUGGGAGAAAUCUCCAAGGGCAAUUUUGGCCCCGAGACAAUCAAAGCAACGGGGAUUGCUUUAAUCGUACUCACUACAAUAGUGUUAGCCGGCAGAUUUGCCGGCUCGGUUCGCAAGCUCAAGGAUCUGAAAGCUGAAGACUAUCUUUUGAUUGUUGGAUACUUGUUCUUCUUGGAGCUGACAAUUCUUUACAUCUAUAUCUCGCCCGUGAUUUUUCGAUUAGCCGCGGUCACGGCCGGGACAAUCGGGCCUUAUGCGACCAUCAUGGAAGAUUCACGUCGGUUGCAAAUUGUAUUCUUCGUGACGACUUCCUCCUUGUGGCUAUCGUUAUGGAUGAUUAAAUACUCACUUCUGGCAAUGUAUAAGCGAUUACUUGUCGGUAAACCCUAUAUCAUUGCCUGGUGGGUAAUAGUCGGGUUUUGCACUCUGGUCAUCAUCGGGUGUAUUCUCUCGUCUUGGUUGUCUUGUUCUAGUUUCCACGCCUGGUUUACAGCGGGUAAAUGCGAUACACCUCGUGAUCAUCGCGCCGCAGUCAUCAGCUUGUACUUUUCAUAUGCCGUGGAUAUCAUCACCGAUCUCGCAAUUAUGGCUCUUCCCAUUCGAUUAAUCUGGAAUCUACAGAUGAAGAAGAAGCAAAAGCUUGUCAUUGCCGGACUAUUUUGCUUCGGAUGGGUCUGUAUCAUCAUAUCCACCAUCCGCGUUGUUCAGCUAGGAGAUACCACGAAUGGUGUUCCUGCGCCAUCGUGGCUUGCUCUUUGGGCGAUGAUUGAAUCAUCCAUCGCUGUAAUAAUUGGCUGUUGUCCCGGCCUCUAUCGUGUUAUAAAAACUGCGGUCUCGCCUUCCAAGAGAUCUUACGAAUACGAGUCUUACAAUUUGCGCGGUCGGGCAGGAAGUGGAAUGCCAUCACACCGAUCAAGUGUGCUGAGGGAGCAAAACCUUACUUUGAACCGAUUCACAGGGAAAGUAGAAGCCUGUCAGUCUGCAAAUGCAUAUCGAUCGUCGACUCCAGCAAGCAGUCAAGAAAGACUAGCGGGUUCAAAAGAAGAGGGCAACAUCAUGGUCAAUUAUGGCGUAGCGGUUACAGUGGAGGAUCGAUGGAGUGAUUACGACCGCACGACUCGUUUUGUUUAG